UUUUCUGUUGCUUGCAGGGUGAAUUUUACAUUAAAGAGUGAUACUAAUCUAUUCGAAAUUGUGAAAUGUAAAACAAGCGUUUCAGCUAUUGAGGUGAGCCCAGAUGGGAAGCAAUUUUCUGUUACAUCACCAGAUUGUACGAUCGGAGUUUUUUGGUUUAAGUCUGGCAAACUGAGACGUGUUUAUGAUGAGUCUCUUGAGGUUGCCCAGGAUCUCCGGAGAAGUAAUGUCGCUCUAUAUCAGCUGGAAGCUAUUGAUUUUGGGAGAAGGAUGGCUGUUGAGAAAGAAAUUGAGAAAACAGAAAACGCACCACAACCAAAUGCAGUCUUUGAUGAAAGUUCAAACUUUCUUUUGUAUGCAACACUACUUGGUAUACAAGUGGUUAAUUUACACACCAAUAAAGUUGCCAGAAUACUUGGAAAAGUGGAGAACAAUGACGGAUUCUUGAGAAUUGCCCUGUAUCAAGGGGACAGAAGCAGCAAAAAAGUGAGAAAAAUCCCUGCUGCUGCCGCAAAUGCAAAUGAAAACAAGGAGCCACUAAUGGAUCCUACACUUUUAUGCUGUGCAUCCAAGAAACAUAGAAUCUAUUUAUUCAGUUGGAGAGAACCUGAGGAACCUGAAGAUGCAAGAAAGGGGAGGGAUGUGUCCAAUGAGAAGCCUCCUGCCGAUGAGCUUCUGGCUGUAUCUGAUACAGGAAAAUCGGUUACUACUUCACUUCCCAACAAUGUGGUGAGUUUCUUCCUCCUUACAUUGUGCUUGAAAUUGUAG